GCCUCCUUCUUUGCACGCUCUUUUUUACACUUCACCCAUUCCACCCCCUCCCUGUUUACAGGUGGAGAUAGAGAGAGAAGCGCCGAACCCCAUCCAAUCCUUUCUCUCUCUAAAACCCUCCCAAAACCACACCCAACCAACAAGGGAGCUCCGCCAAAUCCGUUCGUCCGUUGCCAGCUGAUGAAAUCGGGGCUUGCUGCUGUCCACUCUCGUCGGUGAUGGACGGUUGCUGGCGGCUCCCCGGAGGCCACGGCGGCGGCGCCGCCGGCCGCGUCGUCCGCGUGCACUUCCUCGACGCGGAUGCCACCGACGACUCCGACGAGGAGACGAACCAGCCUCAGCGACGCGGCGCGCGACGGUGCGUGCGGGAGAUCGGACUGCCGCGCGCGUUCUCUCGUCUUCCGUCCGCCGCGGCGGGUGCGGUGAGCAGCUCCUCCCACUGGACGCGCGACAAGAGGUUGAGGGCGGCCGCGGCCGGCAAGAAGCGCACGUUGGUGGCGUGCGGCGGGGAUGAUUGGUCCGCGGGGACUUGGUCGGCCCGGCAAUUGCGCGGCGUGCGGCGCCGGCCCUGGGGCAAGUAUGCGGCGGAGAUCCGCGACCCGAAGCUGGGGCGGCGCGUCUGGCUUGGCACCUUCAACACCGCCGAGGAGGCCAAGUCCGUCUAUGACUCCGCCGUGCUCCGCCUCCGCGGCCCGAGCGCAGUCAUGAAGUACACCGCCCCCUCCCCCUCGCCGCCCCUCUCCACCGUGACGGCGUCCGCGCCGUCGCCGUCGACAUCCGCGGCCUCUCCCCCGUCGCCCUCCACCACGGCGGCCCCUCCUCCGUCGCCCUUCGGCAGGGCGGCCUCUCCCCCGUCACCCUCCACCACGGCGACCUCUGCCCCGUCCCCCAUCACCACGGCGGCCUCCCCCCCGUCGCCCUCCCAGUCGGCGACCACCAGCUGGUCCUUGGUGAACGCGGACGAGGAGGUGACGGCAGCGUUCGGCCUGGGACUCGUCGACGAGGAAACCUCCCUGAACAACCUGAUGCAGUUCUGCCUCCCCGCGGCGUGCAGCAGCAGGUGGGACCCCUCGGCGGACUUCGUGGAGCUGGCGGACCUCGACGACCUCUUCGCGCCGGAGCCCCUGGCGGCCUGACCGGACGGAAGCGGCGACGGCAGCUCCACAGCAACUUUUUGAAAGAGAACAGUUUUAAACAUAAUUUGACUUUAUUUCUCGGGAGUCUGCAUAUUUUGAGAGGCGUGCGGAAAUAUUUAUCCGAAACUUUUGCUUGGCA